AUAAAAUAGUUUAUCUACAAAAAAACUUUUUUUUUCUUCUCUGAACAUGUGGUCGUGAAGUGUUUUUAGAUGAUCAAAAUAGUGGUUUCUAGUCAAAAUAGGCGGUGUUGAGAACAACGAUAGUAACAAUGGGCAGUGGUCACCUCAGUCGAUGUGCAGUGGUUUCUACGUGAACUGGACAUUAUGUUUAUACCAAACCAAACGAAUAUUAACCAUCCUAAUGCCUUUUUAUGAUACUAUGAAAGUUGACCACAGCAUGAACCUGACACUUAACGCAUCAGCAAAAUGGUUAAUAGAAGCAUCUCGAGGUAUAGAAAAUCCAAACAAUCUUCUGGAGAAAUUCUCUUUGAACAGAAAAGUCGAUGACCGGACAAGCGCACUACUACUCACGUUCUAUGGCAUCUUGGUAAUUAUAGGCGCUGUUGGAAAUGCUCUCGUUGUUAUUUCAGUUGUCAGAAAACCAGUGAUGAGAACAGCAAGAAACAUGUUUAUCGUCAACUUAGCUGUCUCCGAUGCGUUGGUGUGUUGUGUUGGAACACCUUUGACACUGAUGGAACUUUUGACCAAACAUUGGCCGUUACCAGAUUGGCCGAGUUUAUGCAAAGCGUGCGGAGCAAUACAAGCUAUAUCUAUAUUUGUUUCUACUAUUUCAAUUACUGCUAUUGCCUUGGAUAGAUAUCAGUUGAUCGUGUACCCAACGCGGCCGAGCCUACAGACAAUGGGCGCUCUCGUUACAAUGCUAUGCAUCUGGGUCACUGCAUUUUGCCUCGCAUCGCCUCUCUAUAUAUUUAGAAGCCUUAAAACCCAUAACAUAGGACUUAAGGAUAUGGAUUCUUUAAGUUUCUGUAUUGAAGACUGGCCAAUUGCUAAAGGACGAGCCAUAUACUCUUUAUUUAGUUUAAUAUUACAGUAUCUCCUUCCAGUUUUAGUAGUUGUCGUGGCCCAUGUGCAAAUACAUAGAAGAUUACGUGGACGAAGACGAACAACGAAAAAGACACCAGCUAUUCUAAUAGCUAUCGCUGUUACAUACGUUAUUAGCUGGUUACCUUUAAACGUGUUUAACCUAGUAGCUGAUUUCAGUACAGAGCCGAUUUUGGAAGAGAAAUCAAUGACUAUCACUUACGCUAUCUGCCAUAUGUUUGGAAUGUCAAGUGCUGUAUCCAAUCCUUUGUUAUACGGCUGGUUGAAUGAUAACUUUAGAAAGGAAUUCGAAGAGAUACUUUGCUGCUGCAAAAAGCGACAGAUAACGAAAGAUUCUAGAAUUAAAAAUAGAAAAAUGGACACGGAAUUGACUGCGUUAGCACAAAUUGAACACACUGUUACGGCGAACACCAAGACAUCUCAGUGCUCGCAAAUUUUCUGACUAAAGACUUGCUUCAAAUAGCAUGAAAAUGUUAUUGAAAUGCAAAGCAUUUGAACUAUAUUCAGCGUCAAUUCAAUGUGUGUAUGUGUUUUGUAUAAACGGCGUAUAUUAUUAAAUCAAUUAAAUAUUAGUGUAAUAAAUGUUAAGUAAAAUUA